CGGCCAACGACCUUUGCGAGCUCUGGCCCUGACUGCAACGCCUAUCGUCGCGUUCACCUUCGCGUCUCCCCUCGUCGACUCAUUCCGUCCUCGCCCGUCUUUCGAAUAGACAACGAAGAAACCUUGGUCGGUCGGUCCACCAGAACCACCACCUCCAUUGGCAUUCGAUCACCUUCACUUCCACCCACGUCGAGCCCACCCCUUCCGAUUCCCAAGCUCCUUUCCUGGAGUCUUCGACCGCUCGUCGCCAACAAUACCUUCAGUUCUCUUUCCACGCCUCCGCACCAGACCACGACAUCCUCACGCCCUACCUCGAACACACACUCUCCAGACAGUCCUCGCUUGCCGAGACGAUUCAAAACGGCCAAUGGUAUCGAAACAAUCCGGGAUCUCACCCGCUUCUCUCCCACAAUGGAACCACCGCAACUCAACAUGCUGGCGCCACCGGCCGUGACCUCUCUCCGGGCACAGGCCGGCGUCAUGGAACGGUCUUUGAGCGAAGAUAUCCGAGAGGAACGAGAAGAACUACGUGAAGCUGCCGAGCAGACUCUCAAUGUCAUUCUUGACCUCAACCUCGACGGCACUAUUCGAUGGGUGAGUCCGUCAUGGACCGAUGUGAUAGGCACUCUGCCCGACUCGGUCAAAGGAACUGCGAUAGCCGAUUUGAUCGUCAGCGAGAACAAGACGGCAUUCGCGGAUACCGUAGAGUACAUGAAGAAGGACGACUCGCGGAGCCACAGAGUACGCUUCGCCGUCACAAUGGGUCCACUAUCCAGGUUGCUACCCGUUGAAGGCCUUCAAGACCAGGAGCCCAAUGAGGCCGACGGAGGGGUUCCCGAGGCCAUUGAUCUGGAAGCCCAGGGCAUCAUGGUUUACGAUGGUGUCUCGGGAGGAGAGAGUCAUACUAUGUGGAUGAUUCGACCCUAUAUUGCACCCAGAGAGAUCAAGAUUGACCUCCCUGCUGUGAUUGUCGACUCUCUUGGAUCUGGUGCUGAAGUCCUCGCAAGCUAUCUCACGCAGCUAGCCGAGUCUGGCGUCGAUGACCCCGAAAACCACCCGCCGCCUUUGCCCGUUCUGUGCCGUAUUUGCGAGCGACAAAUUUCUCCUUGGUGGUUCGAAAAACAUACCGACUUGUGUCUGCAGGAGCAUCGGGCAGAGAUGGAUGUACAGAUGGCGCAGGACAGUUUGACGGACCACCGACACUCCAUUGUGAAAGUUCUCGAUGCUCUCGAGGCGAGAAAAAGCCGGCCACUCACAGGCGACCAACUAUCUGGCCCUGCUGCUGAGUACAAGGGCCUGCCAAUCGGUCCUCCUCUAUCAGCCUCGUCAUCCCCCGGGAGUUCCGUUUCGCAAUCGAGAGAGAGAUCAGGUGGGUUCGGUCAUUCCAGAGCUCGAUCUUUCGCCAUCAGACGUCCUCAAGCAAGGAUCGUAGAGUUGCUCCUUGACCUCUGCGAUACCGCCAUUGAAGUCAGCACUCCAGCGGUGAAGGAGGCUUCGUCGCAAAACCCUGGCGAGAUCAGGACGCAAUCUCCUCAGUCCGAGUCCCGCAUCUCACAAGUCAUGCAAUGGCAAUCUCCCAGCACCAACACUCUGGAACAGGAGCAGGGCCUGGCUCUGCUCUGCGCCGACACUGAAAAGGCCGCGAAAACCAAGGUUGAAGCCGUCUUCAGACACCGGAAAAUCAUCGAGUAUGCGGAGCGCAUCAGGAUUGAAUUCGCGGUCAUCGUCCAGGACUGCAUAGAUGAAGCAAUGCGGAAAGCAGCUCGAAUCGCAGCUGGUCGGCUGAGCGAUUCGACUGAAGACGAGGAAGAGGAACAAGCUACACCGGCGCAAGAGGAGCUCUUCUUCCAAGGAUCAUUUGAAAAUCCUUCAGCCCUCGCGGCUGCUCUGCAAAAUGUCAGCCUCAAUGACAACAACGACAGGCCAAGACCUACCUCCUUUGUGGAAUCUGCGCGCUCAAGCAGCCCUAGAGAGUGUCCGACGCCAAGAUCGAAUUUGGGUGGUCUGAACCCAACUGCACCUGCCCGCGAGUCCCGGCGAGAGUCGUUGCUUUUCGAGAGUGACGCUGGAGACAGCGAUGGAAGUAUUCGCUCUUCUUCUGUGACUUCUCGACAGCCACCGCGUACCGACUCUCCGAUAUCUGAGUUUGGCGAUCUUCGUCGUGCAGCUAGCUCGAGACAGCAUCAUCGUAGAAGCAUCAUUCUGCCCGGUACGUCUUCACCUCGACGACAGGAGUCACCUUCGCGUAUGAAUCAACCGUCGUCCCCUCUACGAAUCAUCAAGCCGCGCAAUUUCCCGUUUCCACAAGAUGGCAUUACAUCACCAGAAGCAUCACCCUUGCUACCCGGGAGUGAUUUCAGCUCUCCAGCUCAUUUGCCAGCAAAUCACCACCGGCGACAGUCCUCAGCAGCCAUGUCCGAGUUUGUCAUGAAAGGUCCACCAUCCCCUAGAAUGGCUGCCCACCAGCCUCCUCCUCAGGCAAGGCCGGCGCCUCCUUCCAUCAAAGAUUUCGAGAUCAUCAAGCCAAUCAGCAAAGGCGCUUUUGGCAGUGUCUACUUGUCCAAGAAGAAGUCAACUGGAGAAUACUUCGCUAUCAAGGUGUUGAAGAAGGCAGACAUGGUUGCCAAGAAUCAGGUGGGCAAUGUCAAGGCUGAACGCGCCAUCAUGAUGUGGCAAGGCACCAGCGAAUUCGUCGCUAAGCUCUACUGGACCUUUUCCAGCAAAGAUUACCUGUAUCUCGUGAUGGAGUAUCUCAACGGUGGCGACUGUGCGUCUCUGAUCAAGGUUCUGGGUGGUCUGCCAGAAGACUGGGUGAAGAAAUAUCUGGGUGAGGUGGUUCUUGGCGUGGAACACCUGCAUAGUCGGAGCAUCAUUCACCGCGAUCUCAAGCCAGACAAUUUGCUCAUCGACCAAAAGGGUCACCUGAAACUCACGGAUUUCGGUUUAUCGCGCAUGGGGUUAGUUGGGCGACAGAAGCGAGCGCUGGACAAUCAGAAUUCCGAUCCCACGCCUGAUCUCCUCAAGCAGGGGCCAUUUGCCCGCUCAGCAUCUCUGGCAUCGUCUCGGUCAACCUCGCUUGACCUUCAUGGUCAUACUCACUCGCCUAGCAUGACGCCGCAGAUGACACCUGACACUGGCUCCAGCGGGGGUCAGCCCUCAUACUUCGCCUUGGGAGGGCCGGAGGCCCGACGAGUCUCCAGCCAGCGUAGCGAUAGCGGUGGCAGCGAAACUCUUGCUCGCAUGCUCAACAGCUUUACCUUGACCGAUCAAGAGCACAAUGUCCCGGCCCAAAACGCUCAGCCGACGCAGGAUGAUGCGAAUGAAAGCACCGGACAACCGUCGCCAGACAUGGCGGCACUCCACCACACCAGCACUCAGUCCAGCAUUGACUACCUGGGAAAGAAUACUCCGCCUCAGUCUACGAUGAUGCCUCCGCCGAUGGCCCUAUUCGAUCCCGAAGACACCAACCGCCGUUUUGUGGGGACACCCGACUACCUCGCCCCCGAGACUAUCAACGGUGAGAAGCAAGACGAGACCAGUGAUUGGUGGUCUGUUGGCUGCAUCAUGUUUGAAUUCCUCUACGGAUUUCCGCCAUUCCAUGCCGACGAAGCGGAGCAAGUCUUCGAGAAUAUCCUCGCACGCAAGAUUCAGUGGCCGGAUGAGAACGAAUGCGAACCAAUCUCAGAUGAGGCGAAAGAUCUGAUUAACAAGCUGCUCUGUAUGGAGCCCCAGUCGCGCCUUGGAGCCAAUCGAGAGGAUAAGUUCCCUUGCGGUGGAGACGAGAUUCGCAGCCACUCUUGGUUUGAGGGCGUCAACUGGGACACUUUGUUGGAGGAUGAAGCUCAGUUCGUUCCCCAACUCGAGCACCCAGAAGAUACCGAAUACUUUGAUGCUCGUGGCGCCGUAUUGCAGUCCUUUGCCGAAGAGAUGGAGGAUCAGCUCUCGCCGCCGGUUUCUGGCGCAGGCUCAGACUACCAUGACCGGCCGCAUGACGCCUUGUCCAGGGUCCGAUCUCAAGUCAACUCGAUUAAACGCAACUUGAUGCCUCUCCACAUUCCUCCACACGUUCGGGACUUGAAGAGUAGACGGCUUAGUGAGCCUGUUGUUGCCGAUGACUUUGGUAGCUUCGCCUUCAAGAAUCUUCCUGUGCUCGAGAAGGCCAACAAGGACGUCAUUCAGAAACUUAGAGCAGAGGCAUUGGCAUCUCAAAAUAAACCUACCGUCGUGAGUCCAGGCGGCAGUGUUACUUCGCCUGGCCCAGCUCUCGAGGGCAGUCCGGUACUUGCCAAUCCUAUUCAAAGAACAAUUUCCAACGCGAAGAACCGACCUCAAUCACCGUCCGGCCUCAGUCAUGCGGCCUCGUCUCCGAGCAGGGCAUCUCAGCCAUCGUCGCCAUUACUAGUCUCGUUCGUCGCAGGCCAAGGCAGCGAAGGCCGGCGCAAGGCCUCCAGCAACUCCUCCAGCCUUUCACAGCAAUCGAGCGCUCAUCAGCCCACGUCUCUCGACAUUCCUCGAGUGCCACCGAGCCUGCAGAAGGCAGCAACAAGUGUAGCCGCAUCCCCCGUCAAGGGUCGUGGGGCUGCACCUCCACCACCGCUGGCCCUCUCGCCGCAGAAGAUCGUGUCAACGCCCAGACAGGCCUCCAGCAGCCGAUCGAGAUCUUUGACUGUUGGCUCGCAAUCCCAAGAGGGGAGCCCCAUUACCUCUGACGUUCUAUCACACCACCGCAAUCGUCGCAGCCAGGUCUUCGACAUGUCACCUUCGUCGUCCGACAAUGAAGGCGAAAAGCACAACGCACUUCUCCGAGUGCAGCGUCGCCGCCAGAGUUCCCGUCGCCUUUCCCAAAUCGCAUUUGACGGGGGCCCGAUGUUCCGCCCACUGGAUGUCUUAAUCUGCGAGGAUCAUCCGGUCUCUCGCAUGGUCAUGGAAAAGCUCCUGGAGAAGUUGCGCUGCCGUACCAUUUCGGUAUCGAAUGGAUCAGAAGCUGUCAGAUACGCCAUGAGCGAGAUCAAGUUUGAUAUCAUCUUCUUGGAGUAUAGGUUGCCUCAGAUCAAUGGCGCUGAUGUGGCCCGCAUGAUUCGGGAGACUAAGAACACGAACUCGCAUACGCCCAUCGUCGCAAUUACGGCCUAUCUCAAAGAGUUGCAGGCUCCGCAUUACUUUGAUUCACUGAUUGAGAAGCCUAUCUCGAGUUCUAAGCUCACAGAAGUGCUCAAGAAUCUUUGUCAGUGGAAGCCGGAAUCGCCUGGCGUCAACUUCUCGAUGUCACUUGGACACUCUCACCCUGUGCCCUCUGGCCUUCGUCAAACCAGCUCUCGAACAGACGAUAGCCCGACAUCGAGUUCAUCGCUGUACGCUGGACGACCAGGUAGCAGCCUCAUCACUUCGCGUGAGGACUCCAUCAGUUCUAGUCUCUUCGGCGACUCCGAGUCAGUGUCGACAGAUGAUGUGCCAGUGGUGAUCAGCAGAAAGGCUACUGGCGACUGGGACGAAGGUGGCCUGGGUAUCAGCCAGGAUGAAGUUAUUCAACCGGUCAAAUCACCGAAGUCACUGCCGCAGCUCCCACAACUGGUGACGCAGCAGUCUGCUCCGGGGCAGCUGGAGCACACUCGACGAUCGGCACCGCCGCCUUCGGUAGAGAAGCUGAAAGCCCGGAAAGAGCACAUGGAGAAACGCCUUGCCGAGGGUACAGAUUCGGCUGACGAUGAAGAUGAAGAGCUUGGCUCGGGCCGUGACAAGCUAUUCCGAGGCAAACCCUUACUGCCGAGCUCUAAGCUAGGAAUCGAGAUGAUGAGGGCCGAUAGCCACGACAGUAUCACUUUUGGGUCCGAGAGUACGCCGGAGCCUGUCACACAAGUUGUGACACCUUCCAAGGAAAUCGACAUGCCUUCGUACGAGACUUUGCGGGCAGCAGCCACGCGUACGCCCCCGGAUAGUGGCAUAAGCUCAGAAGACAAGACACUCGGCCCCGGCGUUGACGAGACGCCAAAGCCGCUGCCGACAAACAGAGAGAACGCAGACGAAGAGCCAACGCCAAAAUCUUUGGUGGAUCGAUCUGCGGCACCGGAGAACUAG